AUGGCCCCACUAUUUCACCUCUCAGAACCGGAGGAUGUUCCAAUCCUCAUUGUAGGCGGCGGAUCUGGUCUGCUUCUCGCCUUUCUUCUCGAGAGACUCAAUGUGAGAUGUCUCGUCAUUGAGCGUUACCCGACCAGGCUGGCAGCUCCCAAGGCACACGCCCUUUCCCUGAGAUCUCUUGAAAUCUGCCGCCAGGCCAGGUUGGGCGUUAAUAAGAUCCGUGAAUCUGGCAGUCAACGUGACGAUGCCUACUGGGUCAAUUUCGUUACCAGUUUGGCUGGGAAGCACAUCGGUCACGUACCUUAUGAGCGAAUGGACAAGGAAGUUCUGAACGUUACUCCGACGAUGAUACACAAUAUUCCACAGCCUAAAUUUGAGGAGCUCGUCGCCAAGGAGCUUUCUGGCAGUGAUCUGGUUGAAGUUCGGAAGAAUCAUUCGUUCGGCGUUGGUAAUUAUGUCACAAACCCCACAAUCGAAGAUCGCGCCUCCCAUACAGAGUAUCAAGUGAGGUCGAGACAUGUAAUCGCAUGCGAUGGUGCCAAAAGCGCUGUCAGAAAGUUUCUCGGUAUUACCAGCGAAGGAGAGGAGACUUGUGAAACCAUGGUGACCAUCCAUUUCAACGCCAACCUCCACCCUGUGAUCAAGAAUCGAGUCGGCAUGCUUCAUUGGAUCAUACAUCCUCAGAUACCUGGGUUCAUUAUCGGUUAUGAUCUGCUCGGAAACCAAGUCUUGAUCUGCAACUUCGAUCCCGAGAAGCAUCCCGUUGAAUCAUGGAAUGAGGAGCACUGCCGAAAGGUUGUGAAUGCGGCUAUUGGAACUCAAGUCCCGUACAGUAUACUUAGUUAUCGACCCUGGAUCUUGAGUCGAAAGGCGGCACACUCAUAUCGAGAUGGCCAAGUAUUCUUAGCUGGCGACGCCGCCCACUCAUUCCCGCCAACUGGAGGCCUCGGCCUCAACUCUGGACUCGGCGAUGUGCACAACCUCGCCUACAAACUUGCUGCAGUUCACCAAGGAUGGGGUGGAGACAGUCUACUCGAUACGUACCAAGCCGAACGUCGCCAAGUCGCACUUGUAAAAGCCAACCAGAGCGUAAAAACUGGCAAACAAAUCUUCGGCCUCCUGAAAGCAUUGGGAACGACGGAUCCAGAUAUUGAGAUGUCUAGAAAGAAUCUUUAUCGCAACCUUCAGGAUUCGAAAGCUAUGAAGGAGAUCAACAAAGGCAUCGAAGGCCAGCGAGAACACUUUGAUAACCUCGGCCUUCAUAUUGGUUACAUCUACGGCGAUACGAGGAUUCCGAAGAAUGUUUCGCAUUUUGAGCCUUCGUGUGUUCCGGGUGCUCGUCUUCCACAUGCUUGGAUUGAGAGUCUUUCCGAAAAGCUGCUCCUCCCUCCUAUUGAUAAUCUUUUACAGGCGAGUUUUCGAAUGAAGUUACUGAGCCAGCCCGAGCUUGAAAAAUUUCAAGAAAAUCAUCGCCAUACCUCUGCUAGGAUCCUCCUCGCGGAUUCUCAUUUCUACGAAGAUACUUCCCUCAACAACGAAGUCGCACAGACCGGAUUUGACGAAUUGAACAUAUCUGAUACCGAGGAACUUAUGAAUCUCAUGGAAGAGUUUAUUGAUUUCCCUGAAAUUUAA